GUCUCUGCAUGGACAAACAUGAAGCGUUUGCAACUUUUAAGAUGUUUUAUAGGUUUAUAGAAGAAUUAGAAUGUAGAUUUUAAUAUUUCCAGGCCACAAGUUGGGGGAAAAACACCAAAAGCUGGUGUAUGCCAAGAUAGAUGGAUGGCACAUGCAAGGAGGACCAGCUCCUUUCCUUCCUGUUCUACCAAGCCGUGCGGGACCAUAAGCCCGUCUGGAUGCUGGAGGACAUGCGCACCAUGGAAACGUUCCACUGGGAGGAAAGCGCCCGGCAGCAGACCUACACGCCGUCCGAGGCGCUCCUGUACGCCAUCGUGCACGACCACCGUGCGUAUGCGCAGUACCUCCUGAAUCGGUACUCCGACGGCGCGCUGGCUCUCCCGGGUAAAAGCUUCUGCUGCGGCCCGUCGUCUGCGCCGCACUUGUCCAUGGCAGUCCGCUACGACCGGAAGGACAUCCUGGCGCUCAUCCUGCAGGUGGCGCACCGCGUGCCCGCUCUGAGCUCGUACGUGAACCGAGGCGGGUGCUACCACACGGAGGACGGGAAGACGCCCCUCCACCUGGCGUGCGAGCUCUCCCGGUACGAGGCCGUGGUGACGCUCCUGGGGAACGGCGCCUCCCCGCGAGCCGAGGACCACAGCGGCAUGACGCCGCUGGACCUCGUUCUCCAGCAGCUCCGGAGCUCCAAAGCAAACGCCGGCGCGAAGAAGCUCUGCCUGAACAGCCUGCUCAUGUUCAUGCCCGAGCUGCGGUUCAAACUCAAGAGCUCGCUGGAGAAGGACCCACAGUGCUGGUCCAAAGUCCUGGGAGAGGACAAGUUUAACUACCUCGUCGGGAAGACGCCGGCGCCGCUCGGUCUCAUAGCUAUGCAGAGAGUUCUGUCCCGGCUCGAUCCGCAGGAAUUCCCCAAGAGUCUGGACAAGCUUCCCAUCCCGGCAUCUCUGAAACCCCUCGCUCAGACCUGACGCAGGGGCUCGCACCUUUAGGGGGUCGUACUGAUUAUAAUUAGAGGUGCACCAACAGUGAGGGCGGUGAUAGCUAAGCGGUUAGGGUACUGGACUAGAAUUGGAAGGUUGGCACUGUUGGGCCCCUGACUAAGGCCCUUAAUUCUCAAUUUGGAUAAAAGCGCCCUCUAAAGGCCGUAAACGUAAAUGAAUUUAUUUGUGACUGAUUCCUGUUUGGAUUUCUUUCACUUUUAUUUUUACCUACCGUGUUAUCCUGGUCAGGGUCACAGUGGGUCAGGUUUAUUAGCAUCAUAUGAACAUAAAAUCAAUCAGUCUGCUGAUUCCUGAUCAGCUGUUUGGAGAGAAGACGUUGGUUGGUACAGAUCGGGCACCUCUGAUUAUAAUGAAUGUAAGACGUGACUGGCAUGAGUUUGACGUGUUCGUUCACUGUGUGGCAUGAAAUGAAAAAUGCGCUGAAACCUUUAACCCCUGAAACUACAUGAAACAUCUUCAGUCUUCCUGUUCCUACAGAAAAUAACGUGUUUUAAAAAAAGAUAUUUUUAUGUAACUGGAAUUUUAAUUCUAAUGAAAACUGGUUUUACAUUUUCACUGAAGCUCUGCAGUUUUAUAUAAUAUGUUGAAGAUGUUAGUGGGGUUUGAAUCUGAGCUGUGCUAUCGGCCUGUCUGGCGUCUGCAUGGAUAAUCUCCGUGGGCGGCGGGAAUGACUGAAACAGCCUAGUCAUUGAGAGGUGUACACGUCAGUGCGCUCUCAGUGCAGGUCCCAAGCCCGGAUAGAAAUAGGAGGGCUGCAUGAGGACAGGAGUCCAACAUAAAAACUGUACCAGGUCUGGUAUGAGGAUCAGAUCCGCUGUGGAGACGGGAGCAGCCAAAAGAACCAAAAAAAAAAGAACUAAUAUAAAGUGCAGAAUUAUAAAUAGCAUGUUCAGUCAUUCUCAUGUGAAGAUGUAAUGAAGCAACAGGAGUAUGAAUUAAAAUGAUUAAUUUAA